CACCAACCCACUCGCUACACAACAACAUUACACACUCGCAUCAACCAACCUUCCUAAAGCUCUCACUCUGGUACACUUGACUGGCACAUUCAGCGGCGUCAACUGUACACUCUUGACAGCGCAAUCUCUGUUUAAACUUGCGUUGGCCUAGCUCCAUUCCACAACAAUCGCAAGAGCACUACAAGACUACCCUAUUGGAACGAUGGACGCUGUCCUCGACUUCUCCAAGGAUGUCGACGUCAACCUGCUUGAUCAGGUUGUGCAGACCUUCUACACUGGCGUCGGCGCGCAGGUGAGCACCCGUUUCAAGGACGCCACGUGCCUUCGUCAUCCAGACACUGAUACCCGUGUUCAGCAACAGCAGGCCCAGCAGGUCCUCACCCAGUUCCAGGAGAACCCAGAUGCAUGGCAGCGCGUUCCUGCCAUCCUCGAGACCUCGAGCAACCUGAACACCAAGUACAUCGGUCUUCAGAUCCUCGAGAAGCUCAUUCAGACGCGCUGGAAGGCUCUGCCUGCCGAGCAGCAGCAGGGCAUCCGCAACUUUAUCGUCCAGGUCACUGUCGACACGUCCAGUGAUGAGACGCGUAUGCGCAGGGAGAAGAGCUAUCUCAACAAGCUCAACCUCGUCCUCGUCCAGAUCCUGAAGCAGGCCUGGCCCAAGGACUGGCCCUCGUUCAUCCCCGAGAUCACGGCGUCGUCGCGCACCAACCUCUCCCUGUGUGAGAACAACAUGGUCAUCCUUAAGCUGUUGUCAGAAGAGAUCUUCGACUUCUCCGCCGAGCAGAUGACCCAGGCCAAGACGAAGGCCCUCAAGCAGACGAUGUGCGGCGAGUUUGGCGACAUCUUCACCUUGUGUAACGAGGUCCUCGAAAAGGCCAACAAGCCCAGCCUGAUCAAGGCCACGCUGGAAACACUACUCCGCUUCCUCAACUGGAUCCCGCUCGGCUACAUCUUCGAGACGCAGAUCAUCGACUUCCUUGUCACCCGCUUCUUGGAGGUCCCCGAGUUCCGCAACGUCACCCUCAAGUGUCUCUCGGAGAUUGGUGGUCUCAACGUCGGCCCAGAGUACAACUCCAAGUUUGUCAUCCUCUUCCAGCUUGUCAUGACCAGCAUCAACCGCAUGGUUCCCCCCAGCACCGAUCUUGCGGCCGCGUACGCCUCAUCAGAUGACGAGGACCAGCAGCUCAUCAAGAACCUCGCCCUCUUCCUUACCAACUUCCUCCACUCCCAUCUCAGCCUGAUCGAGACGCCCGAAUCCAACGAGCUUCUCAUCAACGCCCACCUCUACCUCAUCAAGAUCUCCACGGUCGAUGACCGUGAGGUCUUCAAAAUCUGUCUCGAGUACUGGGCCAAGCUUGUCGCCGAGCUCUACGAGGAGAUCCAGCAGCUCCCCAUGGGCGACAUCAACCCCCUCAUGAACCUCAACCUCGGCGGCCUUGGUGGCGGCCUCAACGGCCCCCAGAGCCUCGCCUUGAGUGGCGUCCCAUUGCGGAAGAACGCCUACGCCGAGAUUCUGUCCAACCUGCGACUCGUCAUGAUCGAGAAGAUGGUCAAGCCCGAGGAGGUCUUGAUCGUGGAGAACGACGAGGGAGAGAUUGUCCGCGAGUUCAUGAAGGAGAGCGACACCAUUGUGCUCUACAAGAGCAUGCGCGAGGUUCUUGUCUACCUCACCCACUUGGACGUUGCCGACACGGAGCAGAUCAUGACCGACAAGCUCGCCAAGCAGAUUGACGGUUCCGAGUGGUCGUGGAACAACCUCAACACCUUGUGCUGGGCUAUUGGCUCAAUAUCCGGUGCUAUGAACGAGGAAACGGAGAAGCGUUUCCUCGUCACCGUCAUCAAGGACCUCCUUGGCCUUACGGAGAUGAAGCGCGGCAAGGACAACAAGGCUGUCUGUGCCUCGGACAUCAUGUACAUUGUCGGCCAGUACCCUCGUUUCCUCAAGGCGCACUGGAAGUUCCUCAAGACGGUCGUCAACAAGCUCUUCGAGUUCAUGCACGAGACCCACGAGGGUGUGCAGGACAUGGCCUGCGACACGUUCAUCAAGAUUGCCCAAAAGUGCCGUCGCCACUUUGUCUUACAGCAGGCUGGCGAGCACGAGCCGUUCAUUGACGAGAUCCUCCGCACGCUCCACCGCAUCACCGUCGACCUCCAGCCCCAGCAGGUCCACACCUUCUACGAGGCCGUUGGCUACAUGAUCUCGGCUCAGCCCAACAAGCCGACCCAGGAGAGGCUGAUUGAGAAGCUCAUGGAGCUGCCCAACAACGCGUGGGACAACCUCAUGCAGCAGGCCGCCAGCAACGUCGACGUCCUGAGCAACACUGAGAACGUCAAGAUCAUGUCCAACAUUCUCAAGACCAACGUCUCGGCAUGUACGUCGAUUGGCUCCUUCUUCCUUCCCCAGCUGGGCCGCAUCUGGCUCGACAUGCUUGGCCUCUACAAGGCUGUCAGCGGCAUCAUCAGCGAGCAGGUCGCCACCCAGGGUCUCAUUGCCACCAAGACCCCCAAGGUCCGCUCAUUGAGGACAAUCAAGAAGGAGAUCCUCAAGCUUGUCGAGACGUACGUCAAGAAGGCCGAGGACCUCGAGGGUGUCAACCAGAACCUCAUCCCCGGUCUCCUUGACGCCAUUCUCGGCGACUACAACCGCAACGUGCCUGCUGCCCGCGACGCCGAGGUGCUCAACGUCAUGGCCACCAUUGUGUCCAAGCUCGGCUCGCUCCUUAUCCCUCAGAUCUCGCCCAUUCUUGACGCCGUGUUCGAGCCAACGCUCGACAUGAUCAACAAGGACUUCUCCGAGUACCCCGAGCACCGUGUUGGUUUCUUCAAGCUUCUCCGCGCGAUCAACCUUACCUGCUUCCCUGCCCUGCUCGACUUGCCGCCUGCGCAGUUCAAGCUCGUCAUGGACUCGGUCGUCUGGGCCUUCAAGCACACGAUGCGUGACAUUGCCGACAUGGGCUUAAGCAUUGCCUUUGAGAUUGUUAACAACUUUGCUUCGUCUUCAGCCGAGAUCUCUGGUCAGUUCUAUCAGCAGUACCUCCUCAGCCUCCUCGGCGACGUCUUCUACGUCCUCACCGAUGCCGACCACAAGAGCGGCUUCAAGAUGCAGACGAUCCUGCUGGCCCGUCUCAUCUCUCUGGUCGAGACCAACCAGGUCCAGGCACCAUUGUACGACUCGUCGCAGGUGUCGGACCCCAACACGUCCAACGCCGUGUUCCUCAAGCAGUACAUUGCCAACCUGCUGUCGAACGCGUUCUCGCACGUGCAGCCCUCGCAGAUCAACGCCUUUGUCAACCUCAUGUUUGACCACUCUUCAGACCCCGUCAAGUUCAAGUUUACUCUUCGCGACUUCCUCAUCUCGCUCAAGGAGUUCUCUGGUGACAAUGCCGAGCUCUACAUUGACGAGAAGGAGGCCGAGGCCGAGCGCAAGGCUGUCGAGGAGCGCCAGGCUGCCAUUCGUGUGCCUGGUAUGCUCAAGCCUUCGCAGAUCGACGACGAUGCCGAGCUGUAAAACGCGGCCACCACAUACGGUACACACACUACUACAGAAGUGUCAGUGUCGGGGGGCGCGCGCGCUGUGUUGAUCAAUUUGCAUAAUGCUCUCUGGUGGGUGUGAGAGCUGUUGACGUGUCUGCAUCAUAGGGUCCUGAGAGAGAGUUACAUGUAUACCCGUUAUGUCUUC